UCUCAAUGCACUUCUCUGUGCUCUCACUCAGUCCUGUCUGCUCCCCAAAGCACUCAGAUGGACUAGCUGAAGAAUUUUUUUUUCUUUAUCUAGAAACGGGACGAUCCCAUUUAGGAAUAACACAGCCAGAGUUGCGUUGAUGCACUCACGAUUCUGCAGUGAGAAGGAAUUUCUUUAUCGCCCUGACUGACUGUGGUCCGUGGCAGUGCAUUAUGGGUAGGCCGGAGGGGUCCACCAUGACGCUCUCCCUCCUGGCUCUAUUCUGUGUGUUGUCUGGGGGGUCCAGCCUCCUACAGCCUCAGCCCAGAGUCUUCCUUUCCUUUGAAGACCUCCAGAUGUCAGACUCCUUUGAACACUACAGUGUUUCAGACAAGGCCAUGGACUACAGGAUUCUGCACAUGGACGAGGACCAGGACCGCAUGUAUGUGGGCUGCAAAGACCAUGUUCUGUCUAUGGACAUUAAUAACAUCACCAGUGGCACGCUUAAGGUGUUUUGGCCUGCGUCAAACAGUAAAAUAGAAGAAUGCCAAAUGGCAGGAAAGGACCCCACGCAUGGCUGUGGGAACUUCAUCCGCGUGGUGCAGCCGUAUAAUCGCACUCAUAUGUUCAUGUGUGGAAGUGGAGCCUACAGUCCAGUCUGUGUCUACAUCAACAGGGGCCGCAGACCAGAGGAACAAGUAUUUCACAUCGACUCCAAGAGUGAAUCUGGAAAAGGGAGGUGCUCCUUCAACCCUCAAGUCAACACAGUUUCCGUCAUGCUCAACCAGGAGCUGUUCUCUGGGAUGUACAUUGACUUUAUGGGAACAGAUGCUGCCAUCUUUAGGAGCCUCACUAAAAGAAAUGCAGUGCGGACAGACCAACAUAACUCCAAGUGGCUCAGUGAGCCAAUCUUUAUCGAUGCACACCUGAUACCAGACGGAACAGACCCGAAUGAUGCAAAGUUAUAUUUCUUCUUCAGAGAGAGGCUCACAGACAACAGUGGUAACACCAAGAACAUCCACACCAUGGUGGCCAGAGUCUGUCCAAAUGACAUUGGCGGCCAGCGGAGUCUGGUGAACAAAUGGACCACGUUCCUCAAAGCACGGAUGGUGUGUUCUGUUCUGGAGGAGGACGGUACCGAGACUCACUUUGAUGAACUGGAAAGUGUGUUUUUGCUGGAGACGGAUCAACCAAAAGGCCUCCUGGUUUUUGGAGUCUUCACAUCCACAAGCUCGGUGUUCAAAGGUUCAGCGGUGUGUAUGUACAACAUGGCUGACAUCCUCACUGUGUUCAAUGGGCCGUUCGCUCACAGAGAUGGACCCAACUUCCAGUGGGUGGCCUUCCAGGGACGCAUCCCCUAUCCCAGACCUGGAACUUGUCCAGGAGGAGCAUUCACGCCUGACAUCCAAACAACCAAAGAAUUUCCUGAUGAUGUGGUGACCUUUGUGAGGAACCACCCAGUCAUGUUCAACUCAAUCUACCCCGUGGGAAGGCGCCCCCUCGUGGUACGCACUGGAGCUGACUAUAAAUACACAGCUGUAGUGGUGGAUCAGGUCGCUGCUGCAGAUGGGAACUAUCAAGUGUUAUUCCUGGGCACAGACAAAGGCACCAUCCAGAAGGUGAUCGUCCUACCCACAAACCAGACCCUUCAAGAAGACCUGAUCCUGGAGGAGCUGGAAGUAUUUAAGAACCAAGCUCCGGUGACAAACUUGAGAAUUUCCUCUAAAAAGCAACAGCUUUACGUCAGCUCGGAGUUUGGAGUCUCUCAGGUCUCACUGCACAGAUGUCAGGCUUAUGGAGAAGCCUGUGCUGACUGCUGCCUGGCCCGGGACCCCUACUGUGCCUGGGAUGGUCUGAGUUGCUCACGAUUUUACCCUACUGGAAAAAGGAGAAGCAGGAGGCAAGAUAUUAUUCAUGGGAACCCACUUAACCAGUGCAGAGGAUUUAAUCUGAAAGCCUACAGGAAUGCAGCGGAAAUGGUGCAGUAUGGUGUGAAAAAUAAUACCACCUUUCUGGAGUGCAUCCCCAAGUCUCCUCAGGCCUCCAUCCGCUGGCUAAUACAGAGGGACAAUGACCGCAGGAAAGAGGUGAAGCUGAGUGACCGCGUUGUGUCCACCGAGCACGGCCUUCUGAUUCGCUCUGUGCAGCUGUCUGACCAGGGCCUGUACUACUGCCUCACCACAGAGAACAACUUCAAACGCACCGUCGCUAAGAUACGUCUCCGGGUGCUGAGCGAAGCUAUGGUGAGCCUGCUGACCGACAAGCAGCAGUCUCCCUGGGCCUGGACGAGCUCACUGCACCCUAAGGUCCUCUUAUCAGCAUUCAGUCCGGCAGAGAGCAUGGCGGUGCAGCAGUUCUGUAAGGAGAGGAGAGACCAGCAAAACCUCCAGCAAAGGCAAAAGCCACACCCCCCACACCCAGGCCCACUGAGGGGGGACCUGGCUAAACUCAAGCCUCUACUGGAUCGAAGGAAGAGCCGCAACCGACGUUUUGACUUACCAGAAGACUGACAGACUUUUUCUUAUCACGGACUGCAAUGCAAAAGAUGUACUAUGGUUUAGUUACAGUUGAAUGAAUGCAUGAACUUUGACCAGAUAACUGUGAUACAUACUCCAGCCACAGAAAAUUUUUAUGUUGUGGAAAUGUAAGAUUGUUUCUGAUUAGUGCAAAGUGAAAAAAAAUGAUUUAGUACACUUUAAAUUCAAUAUUUCAUUUGAUUUAAUGGAAAUUUAAACUGAAAAGUAAAAGGCAACUUCAGCGUGUAUUAUACUUUGAAUUACAGUAUGUGCUGAUAUUACAUUAUUAUCCUCACAGUUAAAAGAAGACCUGAUACACUUAAAUUUCACUCAAAUCACUGAAAGAUUACAUUUGUGGUUAUUUGUCUUUAAUCAAUUGAUAUGUGACUAUAUACCACAACAUUGCAGUGGUGCAGCUAUGACCUUGAAAAGCCACUUUGAAAUGUGUUAAAUUGUUAAAUUGUUUAGUUAAAUUAUAGUAUUAUGCCUUGGAAAAUAUGACACCAGUAGGUAGCUGCAUGUUUGAAUCCUCUGCUCCACCAGCAUCUAUUAGAAUAAAUCAUUGUUGUCUCUUUGAACUAACUCCAAAACUCUGUCAAAUGUGAAAUUCAGUUCCUGAGAAGUGUUUUGCUAAUAUGCUGUGGUUUAAAAGUUGAACUGUACUCAAAUUGAAAUGCAAGAUAAACACAGACAUGCUGCUCAUGUGAGAGUGCCCCUCAAAGGAAAUCAGCAGUCUAUUGUACACAUCUAUGCUAUAAAAUGCUGUCAUUGAGUUAUCAGCAGGUGUUAGGACAUUAAAUAUAUGCAUUUUUAUUUUGUCAGUGUAAUGCAGACUAGAAAAAAAAUCUGGACAUACUAAUGUUAACUGUGGAUUGACAUGUUCCAAUUUGUGUAGGCCUCACUUGUCUGUCCUGUUUACUUAAUAGAUGACAAUAGAUGGACAGAUGUCAAGAAACUUUUAUGUUACUUAAUGUAGAUAGUGUCAUGUCUGUACAGUUGUGGUUUUAAUUUAAUCUGUUUUGUACAAAUGUGUCUUUGUUCUGUACAUAGUGUUACUAAUUCUGACUGUCUCUGCAAAAGGCAGAGCUGUAGUUUUGAUUUCAUAUUGUCAUAACUUUAGUAUGUGGUCAGCAUCAUGCACUGUCCUUCAUGUAAAAUUAGUGUAAUGGUACUUGCAUAUCUAUUUAUUAAUAUUAUCCAAAUAAACAUUUCAUGGUACAUUUCAUGUAUCAUGAUCUAACCAUAA